AUGGACGAAAUCCCUCUCAUUGACGCUCCCAAGCCCGCCAAGACGUGGUUUUCCGGCUGGGGAACUUCCUCAAAUUCAACGACACGUCCAGGUGUCUUAGAUGUGGAGACAGCUUCCUCUUCUAAAGUCUCAUUUGAGACGGUGCCAAUUGAUCCAAAGCUACGUGCCAAAGAAGAAGCUCUCCGGAGAAAAGAGGCCGAUUUGCUCGCUAGAGAACGAGAAUUGAAGAGUGCAGCUCAAGCAGUCGGUGAAAGAUAUCGAAAGAACUUCCCUCCAUGCUGGCCUAUGAUGUACCAUAACAUAGACGCCGAAAUUCCCUUAGAAGCAAAACCCAUCGUUCGAUGGCUUUACGUGUCAUGGCUUGCCCUACCUUUUCUGUUAAUAUUGAACUCUAUAUCGUGUCUCGCUAUUUUGGUAUCGCACCCAACCGGCGUCACUACUGGAGGAACUGACUUUGGAGUGAGCAUUACAUACUGCUUUGUGAUAUUCUUUGCUUCCUUUUGGUUGUGGUAUCGUCCAGUCUACAACGCCUUCCUCAAGAACUCAUCGAUGUACUACAAUAUCUAUUUCACGUUUGGUGGCCUGCAUUUGCUGUUCUCUUACUACAUGGUCAUUGGCAUCUCUGGUUCGGGAUCCGCUGGAAUCAUCAACGCUAUCGCUGUAUUCUCAGAUCAGAAAUACGUGGCGUUUGCUUUUUGCGGUGUCAACGCCUUGUUCUGGCUUCUAUCUUCGAUUACCUUGAGUGUUUUAUACAAACGUGUGCACUACCAGUAUCGCCAAGGAGGGCUGUCUUUGGAGAACGCUCAAAAUGAAGCCAUUCAGUCAGUGGCUUCGUCAAAAGUUACGAGAUCAGCUGUCACAUCAUACAUGAUGUCUUCAAGACAAUAA